GAGUAAACUAAAACUAAAAUCUAACAUGAUGUGGCCAAUAUUCAUCCUCAAACAGACACAAAAAUGAAUCAAAAUCAUAAAAAAUUCCCUCCCUUUCUUCUCUCCAUUGUGAAAACACCAAUUUACAUAGGCUUAUUUAUAUAUCUCUACACUCACAAACAAUCUAAUCCAAGAAAAAGACAAGAAACCCCUCAUAAAGUUUAGCUGAAUUACAUCAAAUGGCCACUUCUCCUUCACUUUCUUUAAAUCAUCAUCAUAGUUAUUUAAUUCCAACACAAAAUGGGGUUUCUUGGAAUUCAAGAAUUUGUGUUCCUAAACGGUGUUACUCAAGUGGAUUGACUUCAAGAAUCAAAGCUAGCUCUGUUGUUGCUGUUGAACCGGAAUUGAGAACUCCAGCUCAGGAUACUAAAGAAGCUGAAUUGUUUGCUUGCCCAAUUUGUUAUGAACCACUUAUGAGAAAAGGCCCUUCAGGAUUUAACGUACCAGCAAUCUACAGAUCGGGCUUCAAAUGUGAUAAAUGUAAUAAGUCAUAUUCAAGCAAAAAUAUCUACCUUGAUCUCACUGUGACUUCCGGAACAAAAGAAUAUAGAGAAUCUAAGCCAACUCGGACUGAGCUAUUCAGGUAUCAUAGCGCUGUUCAAAUUUCAUGCAGUUGCUUGAUUAAAUAAUUUCCAGUUUUAUUG